AUGUCGGCCGCCGGAGAUGGCAUAGUUCGCGAAGUAUUACAAAUGGGCCCGCCCUACACCGUAAGGGGUAGUCUGUGUGAUGUCGUCAGGUGUGACCUGUUAAGUCGGAGGCCACACGCUCCGCCGGCCACGCUCCGAGGCCAAGUUCACUGGCAUUUGAGAGCGAUCAUUAAAAAAUAUCGUGACGCGCUCGCAGCUCACGCCAUCCUAUACAGGUUGUUUGAUAUCGACGAUGGAUUCAAAAAGAAAUACACAUCCGAGAGCUGCACACGGCGAGGCUUAAUGGACUCUGCCGAGACUUGCGAGGAAAUGACUCGGCGACUUUUACGAUUCUUUCUAACUUGA